UUAUGACAAUCUUCGCUUCACAAAGUGAGAUUGGACAACUGUGCAUGCCUGAAUUACAGGAUUACCCCGGGAUCGGCAUAUUUGGCGAUAAUUGAGGACGAUUCUUACCCCAUGAGUCAUGGAUCUGCAUCAAUUCAGUUGGCCGCCGACGCCGGCCUCCACUCAGGACUCAUUAUCGGGCCUCUCUGCAAAGCGGAUUUGUUAAGCUGAUUGCUCCUCGGCCCGAUUUAAACUACAAUGGGAUUUAAAAUCUGACAAGUCCCCCUGUCCUUGUUCUUUCUCCUAAAAAGAAAAACAAAAAGCGCAGCGUUCUCCCUGACUCUUUGCUCCUGACUCCUCGGAGCAGCCCAUUCCAUCACCAUGGGUUUCUUAGGUCUGUGACCUACACAUUCGCGACCCUACGUAUGUUCCUAAUAUGUCGCAGAGCCAGAGAAGAGCUCCGAUGGCGAGCUGUCGCCAGAGGCCCCUCGAUCUCCGAUUAACGAGCGCAAGUUGAUGGCGAAAAUCGACUGGCACGUCGUACCCUGUUUGUGUCUCAUGUAUUUGCUGGCAUUCUUGGACCGAGUGAACAUCAGUAACGCGGCGAUUCUGGGCUUGCAGGAAGACCUGAAUAUUGAGACGGGCACGAAAUACAACACCGCGUUGACGAUCUUUUUUGUUCCCUACAUUAUCUUCGAAAUCCCGUCGAAUAUUUUAAUGAAGAAGCUGAAGCCUCAUCUUUGGUUGUCAUUAUGUAUGUUUGGUUUCGGCUUGGUCAUGAUCUGCCAAGGUCUGGUGCAAAACUGGGGAGGACUUAUGACUACUCGCUGGUUCUUGGGCAUGUUUGAGACCGGUUUAUUUCCUGGUUGCUUCUAUCUGAUGGGCAUGUGGUACAAGCGCAGCGAAGCCCAGAAGCGCUUUAGUUUCUUCUUCAGCUCCACCACCCUAGCAGGUGCUUUUGGUGGUCUCCUUGCCAGUGGUCUCGGCAAAAUGGAAGGUUUGCGCGGCUAUCGAGGCUGGCGUUGGGUGUUCAUUAUCGAAGGUGUCCUGACCUGCGUGGUUGCCAUCAUCUGUUAUUUCCUGGUUACGGAUUUCCCUGAAGACGCCAAGUGGCUCACUGAAGAAGAGCGCGAUUUUGUUCGCGAAAAGCUCGCUGCGGACACGGGCAAGGCCGCCCCAGAUGCUGAUUUAACCUUGCGCGAUGUGUUGAGCGUGUUCAAAGACUACAAAAUCUUCAUCGGUGGAUGGAUGUACUUCGGUCAGGUUGUCACGGCCUACGGCUACGCGUACUUUGCGCCGACGAUCAUCAAGACCUACGGAUACGGACCCAUCAAGACGCAGCUUUAUUCUAUCCCUCCAUGGGCGGCGGCAUUCGGAUUUUCCAUGCUUAUCGCAUUCCUUUCGGACAAGUUUCGCCAUCGAUUCGCCUUUGCAUUCAUUCCAAUGCUCAUUGCGAUGGCUGGAUACGGAAUUUUGCUCAACAUCCACGGCGAGUCGCAACGGCACGUGCAGUACGGAGCCCUAUUCCUUGUCACCAUGGGAUGUUACAGCGCAAUGCCCGUCUUGGUGUGUUGGUUUGCUAUGAAUUUAGGAGGUCAUCGGCGACGGAGUGUGGGAACAGCUUGGCAGAUCGGCUUCGGUAACAUCGGAGGAAUCAUUUCGACCUACUCUUUCCUCCAGAAGGAUGCGCCGCUCUACCGCAACGGAUACAUCAUCAGCUUGUCCUUCCUGUGUUUCUCGGCGGCAAUGGCUGCCAUUUACUUCGCCGCGCUCUGGUUCGAUAACCGAAGACGCGACCGGGCGAUGGCGAACGGCGCCGUCGAUGCCCAGAACAGCGGCGCAGAGGAGCAAGAGCAGUUCUUGGGGGACAUGGCGCUCACUUAUCGCUACAACUAUUAAUUAGUAAUUAAUUUCAUGUGAAUUGAGUCGGAAAUUCUUGCUUCUUGACGCGAUGGACCCCGAUACCGGACUGAAGGUAGCAUCUAGAGAAA